CAGAAAUCCAAGGAAUUACCGAAAAUCAGCCAGAUCCCGCCACCAGAUUACAUACCCCUGCAACAACCCCAAAGGCUACAAGGCUGCACACCCCACCAUCAACACAACCUCACUGCCUCCUCCGACAAGAACUCAUCUUCAACCACGCAUACACGCACAGAAACACUUUCGCAUACACUCCCCUAGUUGAUCUCACCCUAUCCCAAAUUCUACAACUGAGAAACGCAGUACAGCAGUCAAGAUGCUUAUUAAGUACGUUUGAUCCCUCGUCGGCAAUCUGUGUGAAGGAGGACAGGUACAAGUACUAAUGGCUAGCAGGGUCCGAACUUUGACAGGGAAGGAGAUUGAGCUGGAUAUUGAGCCUAGUUAUAAGGUAUGGACCUGCCACAGGAACUGCGCUGGGAGAGGAUUAAAUCGGCGUCAGUUUGAGAGCAGGGAAGGCUGAUGGUGGUGUACAGGUAUCGCAAAUCAAGGAGAAGGUUGAGGAGAAGGAGGGUAUCCCACCUGUUCAGCAACGGUUAAUCUUUGGUGGAAAACAAAUGUAUGUUGCUACCUUCCACUCCUAUCAACAAAUUUCAUUCAUUUCGUUUCCGUCCCAUUCUGCGGACUAUUUGCAGAGAUACCUCCAGUCCUCACAAGUCGUCGGAAUAUAUCCAUACCACGAUGCGCUAUCACAGAAGAGACAUGCUAACAGUAUCCCUCCACAGGGCUGAUGAUAAGACCGCAAGCGAAUACAACCUAGAGGGAGGCGCAACCCUACAUUUGGUUCUGGCACUACGUGGUGGAAACCUCUAGGUGUCUGGUCUGGUCUAGUUUGGUUUUGUCUGCCUGCCUAUACCCAUCCCAUGCCACCUCUUGAAAUACACAAUGCAAAAAUCAAAUACAAACUUCCAACUCUGUCUUCGUCUACCUUCCUACCACCAACAUCUCUCUUCCAUACAGGACCAGGACUGGAUAUAUGAUUAUUUGGGUAGGAUGUUCUCUGGUUGAUCAAUCUUGUGAAUGAGUUCGCUCAUUGACUCACGUUGAACGAAGAGAUCACUACUUUCACAUAUUUUCCUUUCUCCCUGGAUUUUCGCCUUCUUUCUCUUAUACUGUCGGCGGAGAUAUCUGAGCAAAAAUUGGGCGGCGCAAUUGAUACACUUCACAACUGAGGAUGAGCGUGGGGGGAGAUGUGGGG